AUGGCAGGCCGAAAUCGACCGAUCCAACACAAAAACCUAUCCACGAUAUUUUCCAAGCUACAAGGCGCCUUCUCCGACUCCAUAAACCACCCCAAAUACCUGACGGACAAACGGACAUUGGACAAAACGUGGAAGCUAAUGGACAAAGUGGUGAAGUUGUGCCAACACCAGAAGAUGAACCUCAAGAAUUCCCCGCCGUUCAUCCUCGACAUCCUUCCGGAUACCUACCAAAGACUCCGGUUGAUCUACUCAAAAUACGAGGACAACCUGCAGGCUUUGCAUUCCAUCGAACAUUUCAACAUAUUCAUAGUGAACUUGAUGUUGAAGUGCAAACAGGCCAUUAAGUUGUUCAAGGAGGGUAAGGAGAAGAUGUUCGAUGAGAACUCGCACUAUCGAAGGAACUUGACCAAGUUGAGUUUGGUGUUUAGUCAUAUGCUCAGCGAAUUGAAGGCUUUAUUCCCUAAUGGAGUCUUUGCGGGGGAUUUGUUUAGAAUCACCAAAUCCGAUGCAGCGGAUUUCUGGAGAGGGAAUUUCGGAAAUAGAACUUUAGUCCCUUGGAAAUUGUUCAGGCAACAAUUGAACAACGUCCACACGAUCAGUUCCGGACUGGAAGCGAUGGCUUUGAAAUCCACCAUCGACCUAACCUGCAACGAUUACAUAUCAAAUUUCGAAUUCGACGUAUUCACGAGGUUGUUCCAACCUUGGGCGACGCUAUUGAGGAAUUGGCAAAUCCUGGCCGUAACCCAUCCGGGUUACGUGGCCUUCUUGACCUACGACGAGGUCAAAGCGAGACUGCAAAGGUACAUUAAUAAAGCUGGAAGCUACGUUUUCAGGUUAUCGUGCACCAGGUUGGGACAAUGGGCGAUCGGUUACGUGACACCAGAUGGUGAAAUACUACAAACUAUACCUCAAAAUAAAAGUCUGAUACAGGCGUUGCUCGACGGGUAUCGGGAAGGAUUCUACCUGUACCCGGACGGUCGAUCGGUCAAUCCUGAUCUAUCGUGGGCCGUACAGCCCAGCCAAGAAGACCACAUCGCCGUCACGCAGGAGCAGUACGAGCUCUACUGCGAGAUGGGCAGUACAUUCCAAUUGUGCAAAAUAUGCGCCGAGAACGAUAAAGACGUGCGCAUCGAGCCCUGCGGCCAUUUGCUCUGCACGCCCUGUCUCACCGCCUGGCAGGCCGGUUCGGAGGGUCAAGGCAGUCAGGGUUGUCCCUUUUGCAGGGCCGAGAUCAAAGGGACGGAGCAGAUCGUGGUUGAUCCGUUCGAUCCGAAGAAAUCGCACCAGCGGAAGGCGACGUUGCCGAAUGCGGCGUUGCCGAAUCAUUUCGACGAUGACGAUCUGGAAUUAGAGGACACCGGAGAGAUAUGGAACUUCGCAGGUAGCAGCCUACACGCCUUAUCCAUCAUCCCCAGGACCGAAAUCCCCACCUCGGCCAGCCCGAUGAUAUCCCCGGGCGGCAGCCCGCGCUGCCUCCGCCGCACCGCCCCCGUCCUGGUGCCCCCCGCGGCGCCGCCCCCGCUGCCCCCCCGGAAGAGCUCCCCCACGCACGACCGCCCCCGCAACGGCCUCACCGAGGCCCAAUCGGUCACCAACCUCGCCGCCCACUCCGCAGAACUCCCCCAACAAUUGCCCAAGAGCAACUCCAUGCUCAACAUCGAGCUCUUCAACACCGGCAACGCCGCCGAAGAAGAGCCGGUGGAGCUGAGCUCCCCGGAGACCAUCUACGGCGUGGUGAUCCAGACGGGGGAGUACUGCGACAGGGGGGUGAAGCCGCCCAGCAGGCACUUGAGUUGCCCGUCGAACCGGGCGCCCCCGAAGACGCCCAAGCCGCCCAAAUCGAACACCACCCCUGACAUCUGCGGGGGGAAUCGGUACGAGAACGUGGAGGUGCAGGAGGCGCAGAGGGUGAACCCCCUGGAUGGAGUGCAGGCCCAUCAAGUGGCCUACGAGAAUUUGAACAUGGAUUACAUCAGGAAGCUGGUGGGCGAAGGAUAUUCGAAGGAUUCGGUGAUUAAAGCGUUGGGAAUUACCAGGAAUAACGUGGAUAUGGCUUGUGAUAUAUUGCACGAGUUCGGGACUAAGUUGGGAUAG